GCAUUUUCCCACUAAUCUCAUUAACUUUCAUUUCAAAUGCUUACAUUUGAUCUAGAAAUUCAAUUAUAAUAAUGUGAUUGUUAUUAUACGUUAUCAGAUUAAAUAAUUUACACUGAAAAAUACAACUACAUUAAACUAUGAGAUUCUUUAAAAAAAAAAAAAAAAAAAAAUUUAAUAUACAAACAAGAAAUGAUGGUGGAAAUUAUACUUUUCAACGAAAUGAAAACGCCAGUAGGUGCCAGUAGUGAGCGUUUAAUGAGUGAGUCAUUGAGUCGUUCAUUCAAAUGAUUCGUUCAAACGGCAGAUUCAUCAGAUGUUUAUGCAUGAGCUAAUGAAACUUUGACUCAACCGAUUCGUUCAAAACACUGAAUCAUUCAGCAAUGAAUCGGAGGGUUGCUUUGAGAUGCGCAGUGGUUCCGCCAAAAAUUUAAACUUUGGAGCAUACCCAGAAGCAGCUUGUAUACGUGUGACAAAAACGUAUAGUUGCAAAGUGGUAAAAUGGGAGACAUUGCAGAGUGCAGCUGGUGUUCACUGGUGUUAUGCAGAAUCGGUUCCGUUACGGUUCUGUAUUACCUGCUGAGGUGGUCGGGGAAGUGUUGGCAUGGAUUCAAAGUGUACCUGCUUUCUGAGAUCUGGCAAACGAACCUGAGGACAUACGGCCAAUGGGCUGUUGUAACUGGAGCAACAUCAGGGAUUGGUCGUGCAUAUGCUGAAGAGCUUGCCAAACGAGGAUUAGACAUUGUUCUGAUCAGUCGCUCAGAGGACAAGCUUUGCCGUGUCGCCAAGGAAAUAGAGUCUCGGUACAAGCGGCAGACACAUGUGAUUCAGACAGACUUCACAGAGGGCCAUUCCAUCUACUCUGCUAUCGCACAACAGCUAGAGGGCCUGCAGAUCGGAAUUCUGGUGAACAAUGUAGGUAUGAACUAUAUAGGGGUUCUGGCAAAUUUUCUGGAUGUUCCUGACCCAGACCAGAGAAUCACACAGGUGAUAAACUGUAACACAUUGUCUGUCACUCAGAUGAGCAGACUCGUUUUACCAGGCAUGCUCGAGAGGGGGAAAGGCCUCAUUAUAAACAUAUCAUCAGAAGCUGCAUCUCAGCCACAGCCAAUGCUAUCGGUGUAUUCUGCCACUAAGAUAUUUGUAACAUAUUUCUCUCGAUGUCUGAAUGCAGAAUACAGGUCAAAAGGAAUCACGGUUCAAUGUGUAGCCCCGUUUAUGGUCUCCACUAAUAUGACUCAUAAUGUGCCUGUGAAUCCACUGGUGAAAAGUGCUGCAUCGUUUGCUAGAGAUGCUCUGAACACUGUGGGUUACACAACAUACACAAGCGGAUGUUUAACUCAUGCACUGCAGCACUUUGCUCUGUCCAUUUUUUUUCCGGGCUGGCUGCGUCUCACGUCCUUUUGUGUGCAACGCAUGGCAAAAUUCGCUCGUAGCAUUGAACCACAAUUAAGGGAGAGGAUGGCAGAGACAAAUAACAAACAGGACUGACACAAAUCCAUGGACAGCAGAGAGAAGAAUAAAAAAAAACCCACAGAUAACAAAAUAUGCAUACACAUACAAACAUAUGUAUAAUGGCAUUAACAAUAAUAACUGUAUACGAAAACUUUUACUGCAGUGACAGGAAAACAGAUGCAUUGUUGCAACAGUCACACACACACGUUUGUUUUAGUGGUUUACGGGGACUCUCCAUAGGCAUAAUGGUUUUUAUACUGUACAAACUGUGUGUGCUAUUGCCCUACACCAACCCUACACCUAAACCUACCCCUUACAGGAGACUGUCUGCAUUUUUAGAUUUAAAAAAAAAAAACACCAUUUAGUAUGUUUUUUAAGCCUUUUGUUUUACGGGGACAUAGGCAUUGUCCUCUUAAACCACCUUCAAAUUGUAAUACCUCUGUAAUACCCAUGUUAUUAUACAAAUUUUGUCCCCGUAAACCACAAAAUCAGUAUCACGCACACACACACACACACACACACACACACACACGCAUUUACAUUUGUAUGGCAUGUUGGCUGAUCUAUGUCUGUGUAAUAGUUAACAUUCAUAUUUGCAUUGUGUAUUUGCAUCAUAAUCCGAAGUCUCAAUUUAUGAACCCUUUUCACAGAGUUCAAUGACUUUUACACUUGUAUUUACAGCAGGGCAAAUCAAGAAAGGGUAAAUAUAACUUUCCCUCCCUCAAAUGCACAUUAUUUAAUGCAAUUUAAUGCAAAAGAGAUGCAAACAAGGGGAAAAGGUGAGAACAUUGUGCGGAUCGAGGGCAUGCUCCACACAGAAUUUCUAUUAAAAGAUAUUUGCUUUACAUGCUCAUUUAUAGUUACUUUAAGGUAUUUUUAAAAAUAGUUUUUAUUACCUCAUGUGUCCAAAACUGCAGUUUUUCACCAAAAGACAAAAACAUUUUGAACGUCUUUCAUCAUGUUUCAACAACAUUUUACAAAAAUUAAGAUUGAAUAUACUUGGUCAAAAUCCCAUGUUAUGAAAGAUGAAGUGCUAUGCAGGGUAGGCUAUUUAAGUCGAUAUUGGCUGAUUAGACCUUCUCUCUCUUCACUGUUGCCACAUCUCAGACCUUUUUAGUCAUAGUCUUUGAACAGAAGAGUAUUAUUGAAAAGUGAGUGAGUUGUCACAGAAAGAUGAGGAAUUUGCAUCUAUGAUAUUUACAGUACUGUUCAAAAGUUUGGGGUGGGCAAGAUUUCAUAAUGUCUUUUAACUUUUUUUUUAAGUUUUUUUUUUUAAGUUUCUUAUACUCACCAAGGUUGCAUAUACUUGAUAAGAAAUACAGUAAAAACUGUAAUAUUGUGAAUGAAAUAUAAAAUGAUUAUUACAAUUUAAAAAAUGUUUUGUGUUUUAAUAUAUUGUAAUUUAUUAUUGUGAUGGCAAAGCUUAAUUUUCAGCAGCCAUCACCCCAGUCUUCAAUAUCACAUCAGUGCUGAAAACAGUUGCUAUACUUAAUUUUUGGGGAAAACAGUGAUGCAUGUUUUCAGGAUCCCUAUCUUACUGAGCCCAAACAUUUGAAUGGGACUUUUUGGCAUUAACAAAUUGAAAUCUAACUAGCACAAUAGUCAACACUGAUAAGGAGUUCUUCCCUGAGUUUGUUUUAGCAAUAAUGAUUAAUACUAAUAUAAUAUUUAAUUUUCAAAAGACAGCUAGAUCUUGACAGGAGUACAGAUUCCUUUUAUGAUGGAUAUAUGUUCAGUUCCAAGGGUGUAAUAUUUCCCCUUGUUUUAUGUUGAAUGAAUCAGCAUUUUUUGAGAAAUGUGAUAUGCCAAUUGUGAUGCUUAGAGGUCUAGCUGGAAAUAAUUAACUGCAGCAUAUUAAUGAUUAGAUACUAUACCAUUCAACUAUAUGAGCCUAUUAAGAAUUCUCAAAUAUGGAGUGACUGUAGAUUUCACCUCCUGCUGUUUUUUUUUCUGCUUCUGCAUUCCAAGCCCCGAAAUGUGAAAAAUAUCCAUAGAACAUUAAAAAUGAAAAUUCUGUCAUUAAAUUACUCACCCUCCUGGAACACAGAUUAAGAAAAUGAAAAUGAAAUCCGAGCACUUUCUGACCCUGCAUAGGCAGCAAGGGAGCUACCACGUUCAAGGCCCAGAAAGGUAGUAAGGACAUUGUUAAAAUAGUCCAUUUGACAUCAGUGGUAAUUUUAUGAAGCUAUGAAAAUACUUUUAUUCAACAAUUUUUUCCCUUUCGUGUCAGUCUUCGACACACAUUUAGGACAUGCUGGAAUGACAUGAGGAUGAGUAAUUAAUGACAAUUUU